AAUGUAUCCGGAAGAAGAUGCAGUAUUGUUAUACCGUAUGUGAUUGUCAAUGCCAUUCCCAUUUCUAACUUCACCCAACAACCAGGAUGGCGAACAAAGUUACCGAGGAAAUCUCCUAUGAGGAACUGAAGGCUCUUGUGGGAAAGAGCCCGACUCUCAUUCUGAUUGAUGUCCGCGGUGAAGAGGAGGUGGCAAAAGGACAUAUUCCAGGAUCCAUUAAUAUUCCACUUAACACAGUAGAGGGUGCUCUUAAAAUGGAUCCAGAUGCAUUCAAGGUCAGGUAUGGAGUAACAAAGCCACAGCUGGAUGCACCAGAGCUGGUUUUUCACUGCCAGAUUGGCAAGCGAGGGGCAAUGGCUACCACCAAGGCUCAUCAGUUAGGAUACGUAAAUGCACGUAAUUAUGCUGGUGCAUACAGCGAGUGGUCGAAGAAAGAAGGAAAAUGAUGCUAAAGGAGAGUUUUAUAUUUAUUUAUGAAAAUAGGAAGAAUGAAAUAAAUAUUUAGCCAUUUCCAUCUUGUGGUAUUUUUCAGACUGUACACUGAAUUUUAUAUUUGUUAAUAAAUACAAAUAAAUAAAUAAACAUUUUGUGUUUUGCUGUAAAACCACGGAAAUAUUGGAAGGUAAUAAAACAUGUUACCACAUCCUUGAUAUUCCUGGGGUAUUUUAACAAUCACUAGUUUACUCCAUAAGGUUUAUAAAGGAGCUCUAGCUUUUUGCUGGUGAAGCAGUGUGACAAUUUUUAUAUGUUGAAUUUAGAGUGCAUAGCUCAAAAUGAGCCUUGAAAAUCAUCGUUUUUAAAUACUUAAUAAAUUUUUUUAAAGUGGUGGGUUGUGGGGGAAUAUAAGCACCUUGUAUAAAAUUAUCUCUGAUUCUUUUAAUAUUUAAAAAAAAGACCUAACAAGUUCCUGAUUUUCAGCUUUGUACCACACAAUGUCUUUUUGUAAUGUCUGAAAUUAAUCU